UUCAUUCACCUCCGCUCCCCCUUUCUCGUCUUCUUUUACUCCCUUCCUUUGUUGCGACCGGCGAAGCCCCUGCUCCGUCGCAAAAGCAGCACCAGAGAGCUUGGUUGCCAAAAGUGGGAUAAAGAUCUCUCGUCGCAUCCCGUCGGUGCUCGGAUCCCGUCCACCGCCUCGAUCCCACUUCUUAUAUUAGAAGCUGGAGACCGUCCAGGAAACGCCGCAGCCCUUGAAGCCGCCCCCGAGCAACGGGCAGAUCCGGUACCGCUCGCCGUCCGCCGCCGAGCUGAUCCCGGCGCCCGCUGACGCCGACGCGAAGAUGAAGCAGCGGGCGGCCGCGCCCCGGCAGGAGCCCCUCGCCGACAAGAUCCACCGCUACCGCGGCGUCAUCCUCGUCGUCUCCGUCCCCCUCCUUCUCGUCUCCUUCGUCCUCUUCCUCAUGCCCCGCGCCCCCUCCGCCCCGCUCCUCUCCGCCGCCGCCAACGCUGGCCGCAAGACCGUCCCCGGCGGUGGCAGCGGCGCAGCGGCGGACGCGGGAUCCAAGAGCUACGCGGUCAUCUUCGAUGCCGGGAGUUCUGGGAGUAGGGUUCAUGUCUACUGCUUCGAUGAGAACUUGGAUCUGCUUCACAUCGGGAAGGAGAUCGAGCUCUUCAGACGGAUAGGAACAGGCUUGAGCUCCUAUGCUAAAGAUCCUCAGGAGGCUGCAAAUUCACUAAUUCCUCUUUUGGAGGAAGCUGAAAGUGUGGUUCCAGUAGAAUUGCGAUGGAAAACACCUGUCAGAGUUGGGGCCACUGCAGGAUUGAGAGCUCUGGGGGCUGAAACAUCUGAAAAAAUUUUGCAAGCGGUCAGGGAUCUUCUUAAAGACAAGAGCUCACUUAAAUUUCAGCCAGAUUGGGUGUCUGUUCUUGAUGGAAGUCAAGAAGGCGCUUUUCAAUGGGUUACUAUAAAUUAUCUGUUAGGACAUUUGGGAAAGACAUACUCAGACACUGUUGGAGUGGUUGAUUUGGGAGGAGGGUCUGUUCAAAUGGCUUAUGCUAUCUCCGAAAAGGAUGCUGCAGAGGCUCCAAAAGUUACAGAUGGAGAGGACUCGUAUGUGAAGCAACUUUUUCUUAAAGGAACCAAAUAUUACCUAUAUGUUCACAGCUACAUGCAUUAUGGUCUAUUGGCUGCUCGGGCAGAGAUUUUGACAGCUGGAGAUAAUUACAGUAACUGCAUUUUAAAUGGUUAUCGCGGGACAUACAAAUAUGGCGACGAGGUACACAAAGCAAUAGCUGCACCUUCAGGAGCUAGUCUUUCUAAGUGCAGAAAUGAAGCAGUUAAAGCUCUCAAAGUUGAUGGACGAGUAUGUACACACAUGAAGUGUACAUUUGGUGGUGUAUGGAAUGGCGGUGGUGGAGAUGGGCAGAGAAAUCUAUUUGUGGCAUCCUUUUUCUUUGAUAGGGCUGCUGAGGCUGGUUUUGUCGAUCCCAAGGUGCCAGUGGCGAAGGUUAGACCUUCAGACUUUGAGGAGGCUGCGAAGCGUGCUUGCAAAUUGAAUGUUGACGAUGCCCGGACUACCUAUUCACAUGUUUCUGUGGAGAAUCUCCCCUUUCUGUGCAUGGAUCUUGUUUACCAGUACACAUUGCUUGUGGAUGGGUUUGCCCUGGAUCCGCAUCAAGAGAUCACGCUGGUGAAGAAGGUGCAGUAUGGCAAUGCCUUUGUCGAGGCAGCAUGGCCACUGGGUAGUGCCAUCGAAGUUGCAUCAUCUGCAUAAAGGCAAUCUGUACGGCGAGUGGGCCGUGCAACGGUUUCAGAUUUUGGUGGUUCUAAGGCUCUGAUUUUGCUGCUAAAUAAUGAUGAGAAAACCCCGCCAGUAUUGCCUUUUCGCACUGCUUCAAGGUUCACGCUAUGCUGCAGUUCAGGGACCUGGAGCGAUGGCUGUCACAGUUUUGCAGUAUAAUUGAUUGAUUUUCCAUUUGUAACUAAGAAAGAUGCAUAUUGACACUCAUGUUCUUUGCUGACAGAACUCUUCGUAUUUCUUGAGCAGCCCUGAGAUGAGAUUUGAUGUUUUUUUUGAACCUUGUCACAGUCACAUAAUUAUCAAAAUUGAUAUUGGUUCGGAUGGCUUUUGCCAACUAUCUAUCAAAUUCCAAUCGAAGUCUUGCAGGA